GCAAAGGAUGUCCGCUACUUGUGUGCUAGAUUUGGCAAAAAGGCAUAACACUGGCAGGCCGAGGUUCCAUAUGAAGUAAGCACUCGCCAAACAUUUAGGAUAUUUCAGGGGUACCCUCCAAUCGGAUUUUCACCUUCCAUCGGCUUAGGAAUUUCAUGCCCUUUCCUGCAACUUUUAAUCACUACCCUCUAAAACCAACAACCCAACUCUCUCUCAUCACCAUUUUCAUUUUAUUUUCUCCAGGUCUGACCGAACCAAAAGCUAGCAAACAUCAUGGAGAGGAACAGCUUGAACAACAAGUUGAAAGACCCAAGCAUUGGCACUAGAGGCAUUAAAGACAGCAUCAACAACGUUAACAUUAUGCCUAAGGCUAAGGAUUCCCUCAACUGUAAUAUUAGCCAAAGCCAUGGAGGUGAUGAUUAUGUAAAUGGGUUUUCAUGGCCUCCAAGAUCUUACACGUGUAGCUUCUGCAAAAGGGAAUUCAGAUCUGCUCAAGCUCUGGGCGGCCAUAUGAAUGUCCAUAGGAGAGACAGAGCCAGGCUGAGACAGUCACCCCCAAGAGACGGUCAGUACCCUAUUCUCAAUCUUAACUUUAACCCUAACCCUAACCCUAAGUUUUCAUCCUCAUCAUCAUCAUCAUCAUCAUCACUAUCAUUUGCUCGCCCUUUGCCUUGUUUAGUUUCUCCUCCACUUUCUUCAUUAACUUCACCAUCUUCUGCUUCUCCUGGCGAAGUGCAAAAAUGGGGUUUAGUUGGUAGCUUAUUUGAUUCUUUGAGUCCCAAAAGAAGCACGGAUGUAGCUGAAAUGAAGAGUGCAAAGUUGGUUAAUAAGGGAAAAGAAUUUGAUGGCUUCAAGCAAGGAGACGGGUGCAUGAUUUUGAAGAAGCCUGAGAUUGUCAGGUUAGACCUGGAGAUUGGUCUCCUCAGUGAGUCAAAGGAGGAUGAUUUAGAUUUGGAACUUCGCUUGGGAUACUCUUAAAAAAAGGAUAUGAGCUUUUUCAGCUAACUGCAUCUAUUUAC